CGUGUAUAUCUUCAUCUUUAUUCUUUCUUCAUAAAACUCACCGCUUCUCUUUUUUGACACACACUCAAAAACACACAAAACACAUUUACACACAGUUAUGGCGAAAUCCGUUAUGAUGUUAGCAUUGUGCUUAGUAGUGUUACCGGCGUUGAUUAGCGCCGGACGUCCGAUGUCGCAUCCGUUCGUCUUACAAGGAAGAGUUUACUGUGAUACUUGCCGUGCCGGUUUUGAAACUUCCGCUACUACUUACAUUCCUGGUGCUAUGGUAAGAGUGGAAUGCAAGGACAAGCAACAGAAAGUCCUGUAUACCAAAGAUGGAACCACUGACUCAACAGGAACUUACUACAUUAAUAUUAAUGAAGACCAUGGUGAUGAGACAUGUGAUGUGGUUCUUGUAAGCAGCCCAAUGGGUGGUUGCAAGACAGCGGACCCAGGACGUGACCGUGCCCGUGUGGUUCUUACCAGCUACAAUGGAAUUGUCUCGGACAAUCGUUUUGCCAAUGCUAUGGGAUUCAUGAAGGACGACAUCAUGUCUGGUUGCACUACACUACUCCAGUCUCUCAUGGAAGAAGAGGAUUAGAUGUAUUUCUUAAUGUUCAGCAUUUGGCAGUAAGAAGCAGAUUAAUUUCUUCUAUAGUAUGUCGUCGUCUUUUAUCAUUAACUAAUAUGGUUGUUUAAUCUGGAACUCCCAUGUACACGGUCUAGCAUUCUUUUCAUUGUCGUUGAGAUUGAUAUUUGGAUUUAUAUAUAAUGAAGUAACAAUGAAACAUCUUGUUUCGGA